CUGCACCGCCUCAUUGGCCCAAAACUGUAAGCAGGAUUUCACAAUCACCUCGUUCGUCGUUCGUUUCCUUCUGCGUCUGAUCCUUUUCUGUGGUCUGCCAUAUUGGCGGUGGAGCUGACACAUAACAACCAAGUCAGCAGAGUCAGAGCGAGUCGACUCCCUGAGAGAGAGAAUCGAUGGCGACGGCACAGGAGGAAGUAGCAGCAUCACAAGCGGAGAAGGGGAAGAUGAGGUGGUGGGAGCUGGAGGAGGAUGACGGCGAGGACCUUGACUUCCUCCUGCCGCCGAAGCAGGUGAUAGGUCCUGACGAGAACGGAAUCAAGAAGGUCAUAGAGUACAAGUUCGACGACGAAGGCAACAAACUCAAGAUCACUACCACUACUCGCGUUCGCAAGCUCGCCAACGCCCGCCUCAGUAAGCAGGCCGUCCUCCGCCGACAAUGGCAAAAGUUCGGAGACGCCGUUCACGAGGAUGUCGGCAGCCGCCUUACCAUGGUCUCCACUGAAGAGAUCGUCCUUGAGCGCCCCAAGCCCCUAGGUGCGAAAUCAGAGGAGCCAAAGGCUACUGGAGACUCGCUAUCUCAAAUCAACAAGGGUGCUGUUCUUAUGGUGUGUAGGACUUGUGGGAAGAAGGGUGACCAUUGGACCUCGCGGUGUCCUUACAAGGACCUUGUGCAGCCAACAGAGGGAUUUGUCGAUAGGCCUCCAACUUCAGAUGGCCCGACUCCUGCAUCUGGUUCGACCAAGGGAGCAUAUGUGCCUCCUGGUAUGAGGGCGGGUGCCGAGAGGAGCGGAUCGGAUAUGAGGCAGCGUAGGAAUGAUGAGAAUUCUGUGAGGGUCACCAAUCUCUCGGAGGACACCAGAGAGCCCGAUUUGCUGGAGCUGUUCCGCCCUUUUGGUGCUGUGAGCAGAGUAUAUGUGGCUAUUGAUCAAAAGACAGGCAUGAGCAGGGGGUUUGGCUUUGUUAACUUUGUGAACAGGGAAGAUGCACAAAGAGCUAUCAACAAACUCAAUGGUUAUGGGUACGACAAUCUCAUCCUAAGAGUUGAAUGGGCAACCCCAAGGGCAAAUUAGAAAUUCUGUGUUUUGCCCCUUUCUAUGAAACAAGUAUUUUGGAGGUCUAUCCAUCUAUCUAUUUCUUUAAUCUUUUGUGAUGAUAUUUGUGAUCCUUUUCUAGGUAUUGUUAAUCACUAGUAUGGCUACAAGGGUGGUUCACAAGUAUCAUUUUUUCUUUUGUUUCUAGAAUUAUUACUGUGUCUAGAUAUCUGCAGGGAUUGUAGUCCAGACUUUAUAUACAAGUUGUGUAGAUUGAGCAAUAUAAUAUUGUGUGUCAUAUAUGAUGAGUUGAUUAUAACCAGAGAAGAUUAUCUUCUCAGGCACUGGA